UUGUUGUCAUCUCUCUCUCUCUCUCUCCUUCUCCCCCCGUGACAGAAGCUUGCACAAUCAUUUUUUUUCUAUUUCAGAGAGGGAGGGAGGGUGAAGUACUCGGACUGAGAGUUGCGUUUUUACAUUUACAUUGCCUUUGCUGAAGAGAAGCAUCGACUUUUUAUUCCUCUCUGUGAACUGAACCGGGCACAUUUCCACUCUGGACAGUUUGGAUACAGAAUAUUUUUUCUCUCUCUCUACGAAUUGGGACAUCUUUUUGUAUUUGGAUUUGAUCUAGCCUUUUUUUUGGAGUUUUUGCCUGCACCAGAUUGCUGGACCGUCAGCCCCCCCCCCCCCCCCCAAUCUAUCUCUCCCUCCCUCUCUCUCUCUCUACAUUUUUUUGUGUGUUUGUGUGGCGAAGGCUCGAUUGGGGUGUCGAACGUGUCAUGCGGCUGUGUGUGGUCCUGUGUCCGGCCAGGGGGGGCUUCGGCCCUGACACACGGCAGUUGCCGGGCUCUUGUCCGGCCAGGUGGCUGAUGUUGCUGGCGCUCAGGUUACUUUUCCUUGUGCCCGCAGGAGAGCCGGUCGGCCGCAGCGAAAGCAACUUCCCCAAAGCCAUGGACAACGUGACGGUGAGGCAGGGAGAAAACGCCGUGCUCAGGUGCUCUAUUGACAGUGGAGUGACACGUGUGGCAUGGUUGAAUCGCUCAAGCAUACUCUACGCUGGGAAGGAUAAGUGGUCGCUCGAUCCUCGGGUGGUUAUCGUGACUAACAGCAAAACAGAAUACAGCAUUCAGAUAGUGGGUGUAGACGUGUAUGAUGAAGGCCCAUACACUUGCUCAGUUCAAACUCAUAAUCAUCCCAGGACAUCAAGGGUACACAUAAUUGUACAAGUUCCACCAAAAAUCGUCAACAUCUCCAGUAGUGUCUCUGUGAAUGAGGGCAGCAAUGUGACUCUCAUGUGCCUCGCUAUUGGAAGGCCAGAACCAACUGUGACAUGGCGCCACCUCUCGCCACCAGUUCGAGAUUUCGUCGAAGAUGAAUACUUUGAAAUUACAGGAAUCACAAAAGAACAGGCUGGAGAUUACGAGUGCAGUGCAUACAAUGAGGUGUCAUCUGCUGAUGUACGAAAAGUAGAAGUAAUAGUGAACUAUCCUCCAUACAUCCCUGAUACUAGGAAUGUCGGAGCAGCAGUUGGACAGAAAGGCAUCCUCCAGUGUGAAGCUGCUGCUGUCCCAUCACCAGAGUUUGAAUGGUACAAAGAAGACCGAAGGCUUCUUAAUGGACUCAAUGGUAUUCAAAUUAAGAAAACUGGGGACCGGUCCAUGCUUACAUUUUUUAAUGUCUCUGAAGAGGAUUAUGGAAACUACACCUGUGUGGCAGUGAACAAACUUGGCACCUCAAAUACAAGUGUCCUCCUCUUCGAAGUAAGUGAGCCUACGAGCUCGACUCAGAUUCAAGAAGAGAAAACUUCUACAGUUCUUGCAAAUUGGAAAGGUCCAGGAGCAGUGCUUGAUGGAAACAAUCGUGCUUCUGGAGGAAUGACUGCUUCACUAUGGCUACUGGUGAUACUCCUUGUCCACUUCCUCUUCAAAUUUUGACGUGGCACGGCGCCAUUGAACAGCGCACUGCCUCUAACCCGAACAGAACAAAUAAACUUUAUCCUGCACAGGUUGUGCACAGGCUGUAAAACAUCGCGUAUAGGUUCUGUGCUGACGAGUAUUUGUUUUUGUGAGUCCAUACUGGUAUUUCCCCUCUGUUGGCUGCAGGGCGCUGGUGCAUAAUUGCUGUCAAAACUGUUAAUUCAGUUCCUGUUGAUUUUCCACUUUUUAAAUCCUCCAUGUUUUAGCUGAUGUAGUGUUUACAUAUUUUAUGCUUUUAAUGAUGUUUAUUUAUGCAGGUACACGCCAUUAACCUUUCCCUCACAUACGUAAAGCUGUCUGUGGUUUUACUGGGUGGAUGAUUUGAUUUACCUGUAUACUAUUUGUAGGCUACCAGAUAAAUAAUGUAAUAUGCCUGUAGACCAUUGGCUAAUUAACAGGUGGAUUGUAGCCCAUUGGCUGGCUAAGCAAACAUCUAGCAGAGAAGCUGCACAUGUAUAACAAAAGGGGCAGUUGUACAUUAAAGUUUAAGGAUCUUUAUCUUAGAACAAUUCUAUUCCAGAUGUAUUUCUCACUAACAUUUAGGCCCAUGUUGACUAUCACCAUCAUAUAUAAAUUGUGGAAAACUAAUACAAUUGUAUAUGUCAUGUACGUUAAAGUAAAUAUAUAACUCCUCAGUUUCCAUUUGAUUGUGUAUUAUGUGUGCACAUAACCAUAUUUCUGCACUUUGAGUCCAGCAUACUGAUAAGAUUCGCUGAAGGCUUUUCUUGUACUGAAGUGGAACUGGGCCAAAACUAACAACAAAUCACAAGGAAAAAAGAGGGCCAUUUGGAAAGCAUUCUCGGAAGGUCUUUUCAGCGUCCUAUGUAUUUGGUGUCUCCUAGUUUAUAUAUGUUACUAGUUUCUGAAAAGGGAAGCCAUAUGGUUGCUUAAAGCUGCAGUAUCCCUUUAAUUUUGUUAGCAUGAUGCAUUUCGAUAAGAACAAAUUAAAUGUAUACAAUGAUA